AUGGUUCGCGACUUGCAACUCAACGCUGGUGUGCCAGGCAUCCCCUUCUUUGCGCCAGCUCAGGACCCAAGCACAGGCACCGCAAAGCAACUUGACCCAAACACUCCUACAAUCUUUCGCCCCCUCAAGAUCCGCGACGUCACCCUGCGAAAUCGUAUCUGUGUGUCCCCCAUGUGUCACUACUCAUGUGCCGCAACUGGACCGCAGACGGGCGUUCUAACUCCUCUGUACCAUACUACCAUCGGUCACUAUGCCUUCAGGGGCGCGGCGCUGGUCAUGCUGGAAGCAACUGGUGUUACACCGAAUGGCCGUAUCAGCGUCAAUUGUCCCGGAAUCUGGAACGAUGCGCAGAGAGAUGCCCUCAAGAGCCUUACGGACUUUGUGCACUCUCAGGGCGGCCUUAUAGGGUUGCAGCUUGGCCACGCUGGAAGGAAGGCUAGCACUCUGGCGCCGUGGGUUGCUACUCGUAUGGGACAGGGAAGUGCUAGAGCUGAUGAAUCUCAAGGCGGGUGGCCUAAUGACGUUGUUGGGCCAUCCGGAGGCCCGGACUUUGUCUGGGAUGGAAAGUCUAAUCAAGAUCCAAAAGGAGGGUUCUGGGAGCCCAGAGAGAUGAGCAUUGACGAAAUCUCCGACUUGGUCAAAAGCUUUGCCAAAGCAGCGGAGAGAGCUGUCUGGGCCGGUGUAGAUGUACUGGAGAUCCAUGUGGCCCACGGUUACCUCCUUCAUCAAUUCGUCAGUCCUAUCACGAAUCAGAGGAAGGACAAGUACGGCGGCAGCUUCGAGAACCGCACUCGGCUGGUUCUUGAGAUCAUCCAAGCAGUUCGAGGUGUUAUACCUGCAUCCAUGCCUCUGUUCGUCCGGAUCAGUGCAACCGACUGGAUGGAGAACACUACCCUAGGCAAGAAUCGAGGAAGUUGGGACCUCCCCAGCACGAUCCGCCUCGCAAAGCUUCUUCCUGACCUGGGCGUUGAUGUCCUCGACGUCAGCUCCGCGGGCAAUCACCCACAAGCCGCUCACACUGUGUUCGAUGCCGGAAAAGAGCAAGCUGCCAUGGCUGCGAGGGUGAGCGAGGAACUAGAGAAGGCAGGUACUGUUGGUGAGAUUACGGAUGCUUUUAGGGCUAGAGACUUGGUUCAAGAGGGUAAUGCGGGUUGCGUUGACUUGAUCUCGGUCGGUAGACAAUUCCUGAAAGAGCCGAGUUGGGUUCUGAAGGUCGCUCAGGAAUUGGGCGUGGAUGUGGCCUGGCCACAGUUUAUUUCGCGACCCCAGAUAACUCAGAUUCUCACAAAGCUCUAA